AUGACCACCACCACCAUCCCCCCCUCUUCCUCGGUCUUCUCCUUCCUCACCUGGAACGUCUUACACACAGCACACUAUCAACGGCUAUUGGCUGAUCCUACAUUUAAUAACCCUAAACGGAGAGCACUAGCGCCCUCGGCUCGACAAGUGAACCUCACCAACCAUCUGCUGAGGCUCAACGCUGAUGUGGUGGCUCUGCAGGAGCUGGAUGUGAACACCCUGCCUACCGUCAAGGCCACCCUCGAGUCCAAAGGAGGCUAUCGAAUGGUAUCUGCAAUGAUCAACGAGACAGUUCAAGCUAAGGACGGCUGUGCCAUUUUCUGCAAGGCCGACCGCUUCGAGCCUCUGGUCACAACUGAAUUUCGUAUGUGCCAUGCUCUUGACAAAUACCUUCACUCAUUGACUCAGUGCCAGAGUGGGCUCGGAGGAGCGCUAUACAGAGAGACUCGGGAAAAGCUCAACCUGUGUGUCGCCGCCUUAUUGAGGGAUCGGCUAACUGGCUGUGACCUCGUGGCGGCAACUACUCAUUUGUUUUGGAGCCCAAAAUUCCCAGAUAUAAAGCUGUUACAGGCCUACCUACUGUCACGUCAAUUAGAGGACUUCAUAAGCGACAAUACACCAGGUGACCCGUUCGUGAGCCCACCAGCUGUGAUACUUGGCGGUGAUUUCAAUAGUACUCCUCCUAACAGUGCCGUUUAUGAGCUCCUUACCAAGGCUUCAGUCCAGCCCGACCACCCCGAGCAUCCCGUAUCGCUACGGCCAGGGAACAGAAUAGUAAUCACCGCACUCCUCCCAGGCUCACAUGAAGGCUCGCUUGUUCAGUGGCGACUCUUGGUGGGUGUCAAAAACAAUGUGAGAGAUGGCACUGAGACUUCCAUGUAG